AUGCGACGAAUGCAUCAUAUUUCCGGUGUGGAAUUACUACGUGUCAAGUUAAUAAGAACAACAACAGUACCAUUUCUGUCAGCUGACGAAUUACGCUAUACAUUUGGUGUGAACACCUUUACGGAUGUACCUCAGCAUAAUGAACUAUAUCCGGAAGCAGAAUAUUCCGAAGAAGGUGAAUUGAAAUUAAUUCGCUUGACAAUUCGCGAAAAGCAAAUAAAUUUGACAUUAGAGCCAUCCAUUCAAUUACUUGUAUCACCGUAUCUAAAGACAGUUUUUCGGAAUGCACAUGGUGGUGGAAAGUUGGAUGUUGGACAAGUACCAAAAAGCUGCCAUUAUCAUCACAAAUCAGAAGAAGUGUAUGCAGCUGUCAGUAAUUGUGAUGGGAAUCUUAAAGGUAUAAUUGUUAUGCCAAAUGAGGUUUACGUGUUGCAUCCGUUACCCGAUCGUCAUGUUUAUCGAUUUGAUCAGAAUAAUCGAAAUGAUACUGCUCCUGGAUUACAUGUAAUUUACAAACGUGAAUUAGCGCAAAAAGAAUUUUGUGGUCUCGAAUCGACAAUUUCAUCAAUUGAACUUAAUCAAGAUGAAAAUGAAGUAAAUGAAGAUGUUGUUACAGUUGGACAGCGUCUCAAUGAAGAAGGCAAACUCACUGUGGAAUUAGCGAUAUUUGUGGAUGAAUUAUUAUGGAAACAUUUUAAUAGUAAAUAUGGUAUCGAUGCAAAAACUAAACUACAGGAUUAUGCGUUAACAAUGCUUAAUAAUAUACAAAUUAUGUAUCAUCAACCGAGUGCCAUUCCACAACUAUCAUUUCAUGUUGUACGAUUCGAAGUGCUUACCGCUCAACCGAGUGCUAUGGCAGCCCAUUUGCAUGAUAAUGGACAUGCGCAAAAAUACUUGGAUCGAUUUUGUAAAUAUCAACGAAGUUUAGGGUCACGUGAUUGGGAUCACGCAUUAAUGCUUACAGGAUAUGAUAUUCAUCGUGGUACCGGAUCACGAUCUAUAAGUGGUAUUGCUCGAUUGGAUGGUAUGUGUGAUCCAUGGAAUACUUGCACAUUAGCUGAAGGACUUGAUUUUACAUCAGCUUUUAUUGGUACUCAUGAGCUUGGCCAUAGCGUUGGAAUGCGUCAUGAUGAGCCGUAUUGUCCAGCAAAGCAUAUCAUGAGUUCAUCAUUAGGUCCAGGAAAAGUAACUUGGUCAAUUUGUAGUUUACGCGACUAUCAUACAUUCUUACAACGUCUCGAUAGUCGUGGUAAGAAUUGCCUACGAGUGUCAAAUCUACCACAGAAACUAACAAUGCGAACAGAUUUGAAACCAGGACAAGUUUAUAGUGCUGAUACACAAUGCUAUAUAAUGCAUGGUCAAGGAUAUCGACAGAUCACUCCACGACAAGAUCAUUAUGAUGGUAUAUGUUAUAUGAUGUGGUGUGGACAGUCAUCAUUUGGUCGAAUAAUUACCUCUCAUCCAGCACUUGAAGGAACAUUUUGUGCUUCAUCAAAAUGGUGUGAACUUGGCCGAUGUGUACCAUGGCCUGGUCAUGGUCCACCUAGUAUACCUAAGCGUGUCGAUGGAAAAUGGUCUAAUUGGUCUGAAGUUUCAUGUCAAUCGUGCAAAUGCGCUGAUAUAACUGGUAGCAUAGGUAUUGCAACAAGUUCUCGAAGUUGCAACAAUCCACCACCUAUAAAUGGUGGUGCAGAAUGUGUGGGUGCAGCAUUGCGUGCAGUUGUAUGCAAUCGUCAAUGCACAUCAUCUACUAAAUCAAUCGAGAAACAUAUUAAAGAACAUUGCACGCAACAGAAAAAGCUUAAAAAUGAUUCAGAUUUAACUGGAAAUGGAACACAAUUAACUCGUUAUCCUCAACGUGCAUGCAAGAUCUUUUGUGAUGUGAUAAAUCGUUUUGGAUCACAACGAAAUUACCGCUUUUUUGGUAAUAUUCUUCCAGAUGGUGCACCAUGUGGUACCAAUAGAUAUUGUUUGGAUGGCGAAUGUCUUCGAUUAUCUUGUGAUAAUAGUGCAUUAAUUACGCAUGAUAUAUCAUGUCCAAGUAUCAAUGAACGAUGCCCACAGAGAACUUUAGCAAUAACUAGUGCAGUAACACCUACUGCUGCAGUAAUAUCUACUACUGCACCUAAAUGGUCACCCUGGUCAACAUGGUCAUUCUGCUCACAAACAUGCGGUAUCGGCUAUAGACAGCGGGUUCGAUCAUGCAGUGAUGGAAAAAAUCAAUGCUCAGGUGGAUCAACUGAGAAAAUUCAAUGCAAUUUAUCAGCUUGUAGUAGCGGUAAAACAUCGGAACAGCAAGAUAACUGGAGUGAAUGGACUUCUUGGAAUCAAUGUUCCGUUACAUGUGGUAUCGGAUCGCAAGCACGAUAUCGACGAUGCCUUAGUUCAUCGCAAAAUUCACUUUCAUUUUCAUGUCCAGAGAAUUCGAUGGAAACACGACAAUGUAAUAUGGGUGCAUGUAGUACGGGUACAGUUGGUUUAUGGGGUAGUUGGACGGAAUGGUCACAAUGCUCUGUUAGCUGUGGACCUGGAAUACGAAGUCGAAAUCGUUACUGUACCGUAGAACCAUGCGAUGGUUCAGGACAAUCAAGAAUGUCAUGUAAUUUGAGUCCAUGUGAAAUUAGUGUCCGAUGGAUGCAAUGGGAAGCAUGGUCACAAUGUACUUUAACCUGUGGAAAAGGUCUACGUACCAGAAAGAGAAAAUGUUCCGCUACAAAUGGUUGUUUUGGUAAUAAUCUAGAGCAGAAGAAUUGUAGUGAAAAUCCAUGUCCAAUAACAACAAUAAUUGGUCAAUGGUCCGGGUGGUCUGAAUGGAGUAGUUGUAGUACAACAUGUGGUGGUGGUUUUAAAAGACGUACUCGCUUUUGUCAACAUGGGAACUGUAAUGGUUCAUCUAAAGAUUCAUUACCAUGCAUGAUGAAAUAUUGCAAAACAUUUUCAUCCGAAACUACUGCUUCUUGGGGCGGGUGGGGUUAUUGGUCACCAUGUUCUGAAACAUGUGGUAGAGGUGUACGAAAACGGGUGCGCAAAUGUUAUGGCGGAAAUGAACAAUGUUCUGGAAAUGAAUAUGAACGAGAAAUGUGCAAUGUACAACAUUGCUAA